UCUUAAUCUCUUUCUGUCAGGGCUUAAGUGAUCCAGAAGAGGCAGUGAUAUGUGAAGCUAUCUCCUCCAUGACAGUAUUGUGCAUCAAUGGACUCUUUAACUUAAGAUUCCUCAUAUCAUCACUACAACAAAUAGUACCUUUCAUAGCACACCCUAAUAUUUGGGCUAGAUAUGGUUCAGUUGGUUUCAUAAUGGCAGCUGCUAGUCAGUUGGAUGAUAUUGAUGCUUUGUGUUACAUUGCUCCAGUAGUGCAGCCAUUCCUUAAGUAUAACAACAUACUAGAGCUGGAUAAUAAGUUGGUAUUAUUAAAUGCUAUUAGUGAUCCAAUACCACGCAGUGUCUUAGACUGUGUCAUGAAGCAACAAGACCUUGAUUCAUUAUUUGAAUGGUAAGUGUAGUACAUGUAC